AUGUCUACGCAACAAGCCAAGUUCAACCAGCAUCACUGGUCUCCUGAGUCAUAUUCGGCCACUCGUCUAGGCCACAGUCUGUUGGUAAGUAGUCUUUAUCUACUUUCGUGGGGAGCCUACAAGGUCGAGGUGUAUGUCUCAGUCACGUAG